AUGGCGCAGCAGCAGGUCCAACCGAGCCGCGCAGAGGAGUACAAGCUCAAGGAUACGAGUCCGCAGCUGGGCGAGCGGUGGCCGCAUGCGAGGGGCGGCGGCUGGAUGGGCCUGGUCUACGGCGGCGACAAGCUCACGAGCACAUACGACCUCGUGGAACAGAUGCACUACCUCUACGUGCGUGUCGUCAAGGCCAAGAACCUCCCCACCAAUGCCGUCUCCGGCAGCUGCGACCCGUAUGUGGAAGUGAAGCUGGGCAACUACCACGGCACAACUAAGCACUUCGACAAGAGGGUCAACCCCGAAUGGAACCAGGUGUUCGCCUUCUCCAAGGAGCGGAUCCAGUCGACGAUCCUCGAGGUCUACGUCAAGGACAGAGAGAUGGUGGCACGGGAUGACUAUGUGGGCAGGGUCGCCUUCGAUCUCAAUGAGGUGCCGACGAGACUGCCGCCGGACAGCCCGUUAGCCCCCCAGUGGUACCGGCUCGAGGACCACCGGGGGGAGAGCAAGGUGAGGGGGGAAGUCAUGUUGGCAGUGUGGAUCGGGACGCAGGCCGACGAGGCCUUCCCGGACGCAUGGCACUCCGACGCGGCCUCCGUCCAGGGCGAGGGAGUGUUCAACAUCCGGUCCAAGGUGUACGUCUCCCCCAAGCUCUGGUACCUCAGAGUAAUCGUCAUCGAAGCCCAGGACGUGCAGCCCAACGACAAGAGCCGCCUCCCGGAGGUGUUCGUCAAGGCUCAGGUCGGCAACCAGGUGCUGAAGACCAAAGUUUGCCCCACCAAGACUAUGAAUCCGAUGUGGAACGAGGACCUUGUGUUCGUGGCGGCCGAGCCAUUCGAGGAGCACCUGGUGCUGACCACCGAGGACCGCCUGAACCAGACCAAGGACGAGUUGCUCGGGAGGAUCGUCCUGCCACUGACGUUGUUCGAGAAGCGGCUAGACCACCGGCCGGUGCAUUCGAGAUGGUUCAACAUGGAGAGGUUCGGCUUCGGAGUGCUCGAGGGUGAACUGAGAAAGGAACUCAAGUUCUCGAGCAGGAUCCACCUCCGUGUCUGCCUCGAAGGAGCCUACCAUGUGAUGGAUGAGUCCACCAUGUACAUAAGCGACAACCGUCCGACGGCGCGGCAGCUGUGGAAGCAACCCGUUGGAGUUCUGGAAGUGGGCAUUCUCAGUGCGCAGGGACUGGCUCCGAUGAAGAAGACGGACGGCAGAGGCACCACCGACGCCUACUGCGUCGCCAAGUACGGCCAGAAAUGGGUGCGGACCAGAACGAUCAUCGACAGUUUCAGUCCGAAAUGGAACGAGCAGUACACCUGGGAGGUGUAUGAUCCCUGCACCGUGAUCACCCUCGGGGUGUUCGAUAACUGCCAUGUCGGAGGGAACGAGAAACCUGGAGGCGGCGGAGCGGCGAGAGACAUGAGAAUCGGCAAGGUGAGGAUCCGGCUGUCGACAUUGGAGAUGGAUCGGAUCUACACGCACGCGUAUCCCCUCGUCGUCCUGCAGCCGUCGGGGGUGAAGAAGAUGGGGGAGCUGCACCUGGCGGUGGACAGCCUGCGGUACCAGGCAAUGAGCAUCGUGGCGUCGAGGCUGGGGCGGGCGGAGCCACCGCUGAGGAAGGAGGCGGUGGAGUACAUGCUGGAUGUCGACUCCCACAUGUGGAGCAUGAGGAGGAGCAAGGCCAACUUCUUCCGGAUCACGUCGCUGCUCUCGGGGACCAUCGGCAUGUUCCGGUGGUUGGACGACGUGCGCCGCUGGAAGAACCCCAUCACCACCUUGCUCGUCCACGUCUUGUUUCUGAUCCUGAUCUGCUACCCGGAGCUGAUCCUGCCCACCAUGUUCCUCUACAUGUUCCUGAUCGGGCUGUGGAGCUACAGGUUCCGACCGAGGCACCCGCCGCACAUGGACACGAAGCUCUCGGCGGCGGAGGUGAUACACCCCGAUGAGCUCGACGAGGAGUUCGACACGUUUCCGACGACGAAAUCGCACGACAUAGUUCGGAUGAGGUACGACAGGCUUCGGAGCGUGGCCGGCAGGAUUCAGACGGUGGUGGGCGACCUGGCGACGCAGGGGGAGAGGUUGCAGUCGCUACUGAGCUGGAGGGAUCCCAGGGCGACCAGCCUGUUCGUGGUGUUCUGCCUGGUUGCCGCCGUGAUGCUCUACGUGACGCCGUUCCAGAUGGUGGCGCUCUUGGCGGGCCUGUACAUGCUGCGCCACCCCAGAUUCAGGAGCAAGCUGCCGUCCGUCCCCAACAAUUUCUUCAAGAGGCUUCCUUCGCGGAUCGACAGCAUGCUCUGAGGGAGAAGAAAACUGCUACUAGAUUUUGCCAGUCCUCUCAUAUACACUGCUAUCCAUUCUUCCUUACGACUUAUUUUAUUAGUUCGUAUAGAUUCCGCGAGGAGUGUGGGUUUGCGGAGCUGUUGUAGUGAUGUCUGGUUUUGUUUGCCGUGUGAUGCACAAUUCUAUUUUGAUUUCUUGCAA